AUGUACCCUGCCACCAUGUCCCGAUCCAGUGUUAUAGCGACGGACCCCGUUAUCUACGCUGAGUACCAGACCACAUGGUCCGAUCUCCCGGAAACCGAACAAGCAUGGAUUUCUAGAGCUCGUGAGGUCUCUGAGGUGCUAGCCAGAGACGCUGCCCAAAGAGACCAGGAGAACAAAUCACCGCGCGCCGAAGUGGCCCUGCUCAAGUAUUCGGGCCUGACAAAGCUUCUAGGACCCAAAAAGUACGGUGGUGGUGAGCAACCCUGGAGCGUUGGCUAUAAGGCAAUAAGAGAGGUUGCAAAAGGAGAUGGAUCUAUCGGUAUGCUGCUUGGCUAUCACCUUCUCUGGUCCACCAUUGCAAAUGUGAUGGGCACUCCUGAACAAGCCGAUCGAACCCAUCAGUUGAUCAUUUCAAACAAUUACUUUGUCGGUGGCGCUGUGAACCCACGCGACAAUGAUCUGAAGAUCACUUCAGAUGGAGACCACAUCGUAUUCACCGGGAACAAAUACUUCAACACUGGAGGCGUUGUAUCUGAUCUCACGGUUCUCGAAGGUAUCUUGGAUGGCACUCAGGAUCAUAUAUUUGCGUUGGUCAAAACCGAUCAGCCCGGUAUUCAGUUUGCUCACAACUGGCACAACAUUGGUUUGCGUCUGACCGAGUCUGGGGGCGUGAAGAUAGAGAAUGUCCAGGCUUCUUGGUCCGAUGCACUGGGCUGGGAUACAGCUACCAAGAAACCUCGUGAUGAUACCCUAAAGAUUCCCUUCCCUACUCUAUUCCUGCCAACCAUCCAACUGGUCUUUAGCAACUUUUACUUGGGUAUCGCUCUCGGGGCUUUGGACUUCGCCUCCAGAUACACUACGACCGCAACACGUGCUUGGCCUUUCGGCGGCGACAACAAGGAAUCAGCAACGGAUGAGUUCUACAUCCUCGAACGUUAUGGUAACUUCUUUGCACAUCUACGUGCCACUGAAGCCCUCGCAGAUCGAGCAGGCGAUCAACUCUCAGGACUUUAUACUCGUUAUCAAACGCAAAAAUCCGGUCUCACAGCACAGGAACGCGGAGAUGUUGCGGAAUGGGUGGCUAGCGUCAAGGUAGUCACCACAGACGUUGGACUUAGGGUUACUUCUGGUGUAUUCGAAGUCACGGGAGCCCGAGCCACUGCCUCCAAGGUCGGAUUGGAUCGAUUCUGGCGGGAUAUUCGAGUGCACACUCUUCAUGAUCCAGUGGCGUACAAGAAUCGGGAAUUGGGACGAUAUGCACUUUUGCAUGAACUCCCUGAGCCUAGUUGGUAUACUUGA